AUGUAUAUUCCUAAAGAUCAAGUUGUUCACAUAUCCAAAAGAGGGUUUGCAACAUUUCUUAUCCCGGUGAUACUUGGUGUUGCUGCAAUUGUAUUCAUUGGAUGUGUUAUAGUUAGCAUGAAGAGUAAGGCCCAUCGGUCAUAUAUUAAACAAGCUCCAUCAAAUAUUGCAAACCGUAUCGAUCAAAGAAAUAGAAGACCUCCCCCAAUAUUUUUAAAUGCAAUUGCUCCAGUACUUCCUCCAAAUCCCAUUGAAACUACACUACCUCCUACAAUUCCUAUUCAAACUACAAUUCCCAUAGCCGUUACUCCUCAAUUUAUCUUUAGUCCACCAGAUGAACCACCUCCGGCUUAUCAACGAAAUGCAACCUAG